CCCAUAUGCACAUGAUUUCAAGCGGACUCCAAUUGUGUUUUACUGGACUUUUGGCAAAGGCAGUUGGUUCAAAGCGGACUACGAAUGGUUCAAGUCUUCAGACGAUUAGGUUCCGUCUCUAAAGCUGGCGUUGGAUCAGGGGAAACAGGUCAAAUUUAAGACUUGCUGUCUUUUCUUAAACUCAUCCUCACCCGUGGGAAGUUUCGAGAUGGCUCGCUUCAAGCCAAAGACACUGCUCGCCCUCGGAGUUAUGUGCUGUGCAGUUAUUUAUUUAUCCCUUGGUGUAGUAAAUCAUUAUCUACAUUUCACGGAUAUUGUGGAUCAUCAGGCAAAGCAACUUAAAAUAUUAUCAUCCAUAGAAAACAUUACAAAGCAAAUCGCUGUUAGAAACGUGACUUCAAAGGCAGUAUCAACAAUGGGAAAAUCGUCACUGUUUACUUCUAAGUACCUCUUGAACAAUCCAUUCAUGUGCUCUUCCGAAAAGAACCUUACCUUUAUUGUGAUCAUACACACGGCCAUUGAGAACUUCAACAAGCGACUCGGUAUUCGCCAAACUUGGGCAAAUCCAGUGCAUUAUAAAACCUUUACAAUGAGGACAGUGUUCUUUGUUGGCAGACCGAAAGACAAGGCACUACAGAGUUUCCUUCAGUCAGAAAGUGAGCAACACAAUGAUCUAGUCCAAGGAAACUUUUUGGACACGUACCGGAACAUCACUUACAAGGCGGUCAUGGCGUUCCAGUGGAUAUACGAGUUCUGCAGUCAUGCGCAGAUUGUCCUUAAGGCCGACGACGAUAUGUUCGUGAACAUGUUCAAGCUCGUGCAAUGGCGUCUGCCUGUAUUGCGGCGCCAGCCGCGCCAAAUGAUGUGCGAGGUGGUAAGAAAGGGGCGCAUCCGACGAAAGAAAGGCGACAAAUGGGCGAUACUGCCGGGAGAGCUGUCCGGACGGACGGCGUACCCUACGUACUGCCGAGGAUAUCUUGUCCUCAUCACGCCAGACUUGAUAAAACUGGUGUUAAACAAAGUUUCAUCCACUCCGUUUUUCUGGAUAGACGAUGUGUAUUUGUAUGGACUCGUGCCAGAGUUUCUGAAUAUCACAUGGCGCAACAUCGUCCCGCUAGUCCCGGAAAGUACCGAAAACUGUUGGCAGGCAUACAGUGAUGGGAAGAAUAGACCUUACCUGUUCCCUGAUGGCUGUCUGAAUAUACCGAGCAGUGAACAUAUGGUUAAUGUGUGGCUUACCGUUCUGAUAAAUCUGCCAGGGUCCAGUCGUCAUCUCUUAACGGAGCACACUUUGCCAUCAUGGCUGUUUAAACCGUUCAGUAACACUGGACCACUUUAGUGCUCAUGACCACAGUUCACAUCAUGGAUAACUGGCCUCGUGAUCACGAAGCUGUCUUAGAUUUAACUCAGAGAUUUAACUUUACAACAUUUUAAUGCACUAAAAUUGUAACUUGUAACCAAAUUAAUUUUUGUUUUACAUUUGAACU